AUGGAUCCUAUUGAUCAAGAAAUUAGAAGACGAUUGGAUAAACUAAAAGAAGAUAGGCCUCCUAUUCCUUCGGAAGAAGAAUUACGCUUGAAACUCCAGAAGCUGAAAGGAGAAACUCCCUCUGCAUUAAGUAACAAAUAUGUACUUCUCCCUUGUGUUAAAUCUAACGAAGAGCAGAUAAAUGAUUUGAUGAAACAGUAUUCCGAGGAAGCAGCCAUGGGACAACGUUUAACUACGCCAAUUCAUGAUAUAGAACAGCGUUUGAACAAUUUAAAAAUGUUUCAAGUUUCUGGUGAUAACAACAGCUCUCAAUCGGAAAAAAAUACUAGUACUUCGCGAGAAUCGAGUAGAAAAAUUCCAACGAUGAUUGCUGAUGAAGACGAAAGUAUGGAAUGUUCUGAUUCUCAUCCACAAGAAUAUUUUUGUUACAUUUGCGAUCGAGUACCCAAAUGGAUAUGUUACACUUGUGAUGAUCAGUUAUUCUGCCCUGCUUGUUAUAAAGAAUUUCACGAAGAUGAAGAUGAACCACAUAGAAGAAAGCCGUUUAAUGUUAAAAAAAAGUAUCAUGAUUCAGAUUCAGAUUAA